AUUUAUUUACCAACAAGCAACGAAGUUUGUUUAGCUCAUUAUUCUCGGACUUAUUCGGAAUAUUAUUUUCCUAGUUUUAAUCUAUUCUGUUCAUUAUUGUAGCCAUAUUGCAUCGUAAUUUACGAUGGUCUUCACAUGGUGUAGUGUUCCUCUAUGCAGAAAUUUAGCGAGUUCCCACAAAGAUCAUCAGUUCUACCCGUUUCCGGAGGACCCAAACCUGCGAUCGCAGUGGAUACAGAAGACACGUUACCCGAAUGAAAUUGUUGGUCGGGAGGCAGUUUGUUGUCUGCAUUUUAUGAAGGAUAACUUCGAGUAUUGCAAGCAAAGCAAUUCCUACGUAUUGAAACCAUACGCCGUGCCCAACCAGUUUCUGCCAAAGAAUGGUGAAUCGGAAAGCUUCCCAUUCACGCCGAACAAAGGCCGAAUCACGAAACAGGAUGCGGGACUGCACUUUUCUGAAUUGUUACGUAAAUUACGGGGAUCAACGCCAACUAGCGUUCCGAAGCCAAAGCCGACCUUCUUGUCCAAAGAGGACCUGGAGGUGAGAAGGAAACUGAAAGAAGACCCUCAUAUCCGGGAGUACGUGAUGAAGGAGGCAUUCCCCAAUUUGGACUAUGAUUUACUGUCGUCUCUUCUGCAGCGUUUUUCCGAUCCCAACGGAAAAGUGACCAUCAAUCACAGCUCAACGAAGCAAGUGAUAUCAUUGACCUAUCAAACGACAGCCGAUUUGGAGGCAUCGGAUGAGCUGAAUCCGCGCAACGUGGUUCAAUUGGCACGCGAUGAAUCGUACGCUUCGCGACAGAAGCCACGAGAAUUGGCCGAAGAGCUGGACUUUACCGGUCAAAUAAGCUUCUCGGGGAAGUUUCCCAACAUUUAUCGGGACAACUAUUUCGAUAACUGGCCGACGCAACGCCGGAAGCGAAACAAAGUUGUAACUGAGCAGGAGGACCCCAUCUAUAGCAUCUGCAAUAAAUGCUGCAAGCUGAUACCAAGUGAAGCGAUCUCAGUCCAUCUUCAAACGUGCGAUUUCCGAAUGUCUCAAUGCACCACGUGCUUCGCGGGAUUUCUCUCCAUCAACGAGCUGUACGAUCACGUCAAAGCAUCACAUCCAGAUGCGCUGCAGGAAACGGCUACGACCGGGCCUUUCCAGUGUGGCAAAUGUGACAAAACGUUCCUCAAGUUGAUCCAGCUCGGGAAGCAUAUAACGGACCAUCAGAAAACAAUCAUGGAACAAAAACUUGAGUGCGGAUUGUGUACUUCGGUGUUUGCGACGUUAGUGAAUCUGAAGGCGCAUUUCAUCUACGACCAUGGUAUAGGUCAGGGAGCAGCGACAGGUCCUGCCAUAGCGCCAAACGAACUAGUUCCCGUAUCGUACAAGUGUGGCUUUUGCAGUGAACAUUUUGCGCAGCCUCAGCAAGUGGCCGAGCAUCUGCAGGAAAAACACUCGGAGGAGCUAGUGCAGUAUAAUCAGCAACAAUCCUCGAUCGGAACUACUGUGCCUUCCAUCAAGAAACAAUUCAAACUCACUGAAGCCGAUAUGGGAGGCCCGGAGGGAACCUUCGAUAUAUUUCUGUGCAAACAAUGCCCGGCACGGUAUCGAACCUUGAAAGACUUCAAGGCCCACUCGGAACUCAGUGGCCACCAGCUGCUGCAGAAUUGCACUUUUUGCGAGAGUGACUUCAAAGACGAAUCCGCCUACAAUAAACACAUCAAUACGCACAACCCCGAAAAACUGUUCCGCUGCAAUAAAUGCAUAGGACCAGCAAUAAAUUUCGAAGAUUUGGAGCAACUCAUUGAACAUCGCAAAAAAGUGCACCCCAACGAAACGAGUUGGUUGUUCAAACCGUGCAAAGUAUGCAAGAAAUACGUCUAUGUUCCGACGAUGGGUCUGCAUAAGGCUUUUCAUCGGUCCACAACUGAAUACCGAUGUCCCGAGUGUAACGUCGUCGUUUCCAGAAACGAAAGGAAAUCUCACGCUCAGCGACACCACAAUGAGCAGAAUGCUCUUCGCAAGUGCCGAUUUUGCCACGUGUUCGAAGUGAAGGAGCUUCUCACGGAGCACGAAACAAUUUACCACCCGGAGGAAACCCCGUAUGCCUGUGCGCUCUGCGAAACGAAAUGUGAUACCCAGGAGCAGUUGAAGUGCCACGUGGACAUUCACCACAAUCCGACGGAGUUCAAAUCCCUGGGGCCGUGCCUGUACAAAACCAUCGCCGUCGAAAAUGCCGAAUACUACGAGUGUCGGAUUUGUCUGAUCGAUCACGUCUAUCGGGCCGAAAUGGUCAAGCACAUCCGGGCGGACCAUAUGCGAAAACCGCGCCAAAACACGUGCACGAUUUGUGGCCGUAUUUUCCGACGAGCACGGACACUGCUCACCCAUCUGAAGAAGCUGGAAUGCCAACCCGGGCAGAAUUUACCGCUUGUGAAGAAACCGUGCUCGGUGUGUAAGAAGUGGCUGCCGAAGCAGGACCACGCAGCACAUUUUAAGCGCGUUCAUCCGGGAUUGUUUCCGAUUGUGUGUGUUCUCUGUGGCCAGUCGUACACGGAUCAGAGCCACAUUCAACAGCAUAUGGACAUGGAUCACACCGUGGAGGAAAGGCAUGACUUUAUUUCGCGCCAACGCGGAUACCAGGUGUUCGUCGACGGUAAGUAUCAGUACUUCGAGUGCAAACUGUGCGGCCAGGAGUUCACUCAUAAGCUGACGUGCGAGGAGCAUUUGCGGAUGCACUCGUUUGGUGUGUUUCUGCAGGAUUCGGACAUCAUUAUGGAGGUCGAUGUGGUGGAUGAAGACGUCGAUGAUGACGAUUGAGGUCUUUCAAUAAAUUACACAGCGCAACAAGGA